AUGUAUUGCCCGGAUGACACUUACUCGUCUAGUGCAAGCUGUAUGGAAUACACGGACGAAUAUGAGACCCUUGAUCUGGACACGACGAACACUUCGGAAGAUCCACCACCACCCGAGCAACAACCGGAAGAGCGGAUAACUUGUCACACUGUGCAACCUCUGAAGCCAAUGACUACGCGUCAGCAAAGAAACAAAAAGGAAAGGUCUUUUUGGGAAUGGGACGAUUACAAACGAAUUGUCGCACAACGAGCUCGAAUCAACACGGAGAAAAUGGAGCGCCUGAGGAGAUACACGACAGACAAGCAAAAUCUGGACGCAUUGACGAGUAACCCUCUCCCAAAGCCCUAUCCAUCACUCUACAUCAAUAUGGGAGAAGGUGGACAAGGAUUGCAGAAGUGCGAAGAAUAUCGAAAGAGUCCAUUUCAACAGGAACGACCAAUCAAUUCACCGUAUGCCGUUCAACUGAAACACGCUUUUUCCGAGUACCGCGCUCCCGAAACUUUGCUGAUCUACGAAGAAACGAAGCAAAAAAUAAUCCACGGCUCUGGCGAUCAAGGCUGUUCAUCGCAGAGACCGCUCGAAGAUUUGAUUGCAAGAAAUGUAGACAAAUUGAUGGACAAGUUUGAGAGUUCGGAACUGGCUCUUGUCGGCGAUAUGGACACAUUUCCGAUGACAUUGAGACAAAGGGAUCACGACACGUUGUUGCGACCUGUGAUCAUAGACGCUGUUGGCGUGACGAUGCUCUACCACAAAGCGGGCAAAAAGAAGCUGCUCGAAUACGGAUUACCAAGAAAUGGAAACUUCGUCACAAACAUGAAGCUGAUCAUGAAGCCAAUUGUGCAACUUGCUCUCUACUAUCUCGCCUUAGGGCACAAGAUCAUUAUUGCUGUACCGAUAUGCUACGAGCCGGAGUUGUGGCUAGAGGAUGAACCGCGUGUCGACAACAUCGUGGCUUUCGAGCAUCUUCUCCGAGCUGGUGUCGUCAAUUUCCUCGCAGAGCACACAACGGAGAUUUGGAUGGCUUCUACGCGUUUCUUUGCUGACGAAAUUGACGGGCUUCUCGUUUCGAACUCUUUCUUCUGGAAACACAUUGUGGCGAAAUCGGUUGAUCAACAAUUACGAACCAACGAUGCGGGCUUGUGUGUGAGUCGUGCCUCGGAUCGACUUGUCACUCCAUCGUUUUUCGGACCAACUCGAAUACCAGUCGUUUGUCAUCAUUUCACUUUUCAAAUUGAUGCCUCGCAAAAGUUCGAUCUAAAAGGAUAUGGUGGACAUGUGACUGAAAAGCGGAUAAACGAUAAGAGAUGCCUUUGGGUGAAAGAAGGCGUUGUGCGCUAUUAUCACGAAGAUACAAAGGUCGACUACGCGGUGAGGCUCGAGAAUCAAUUGCGGUUAAAGGAUCAAGUAUUUCAGAUGCAUCUAUUGGAGAAUCUCUACCUGUUACCCUGCAGACUUCAACGGGCAUACCACGUAAUGAAAUACAUCAGCGAAAUGUGCAUGGACAUUCAAGAGCCUUUCGUCUCA